AAACUAAAACCAGCACCCUGAAUUUCUCAUCGUUUAAGUCAAGCUUUACUUCCAAUGUUAAUUUCCUGAAGAGAAGAUUUAGUUCGGGGGAUUUAUCCUCCGAAGCGGAUGAUGUCGAUCCAAAUGAUUUACCACCAGCCGCACGUCCUAUACAGGACCAACCAACGAAACCACCAAUUGGUACUGGCGGACCACCGAGUAUGCCACCACCACCGGCACCAGGUGCAACAGCACCACCAGGCACUGCUGCACCAGAGCUUUCAUUAAGUUUCGGUGGUGCUGGUAAAGCGGCUCCAGCACCACCGCGUGGUGUUAGCGCUCCCACCAGUCCAGCUAAAUCGCGCGAAAGUUUACUCCAACGCGUACAAAGUUUAACAGGAGCUGCACGUGAUCAAGGCGCUUCCAUAUUAGGCGCUGCAGUGCAAAGUGCUACACGUGCCCCGGCAUUUAACAAGGACAAGUAUUUCACUUUGCUGGUGCUCGACGAUCAGAACACGGAUUGGUCUAAGUACUUUCGCGGUAAACGUUUACACGGCGACUUUGAUAUACGCGUUGAACAAGCUGAGUUCCGGGAUAUUUCCUUAACGUCAAGUGCUGAGACUGGACCAGUGGUAUCAAUGGCUGUUUAUAGGGGCGGAACAAGAGUAGCACGCUCUUUUCGUCCGGACUUUGUAUUAAUACGUCAACCACCACGCGAUGGUUCCAACGAUUUUCGUUCAACUAUUUUAGGUCUUAAGUAUGGUGGUGUGCCAAGUAUUAAUUCUUUGCAUUCAAUUUAUCAAUUCCAGGAUAAGCCUUGGGUUUUUGCGCAUUUAUUGCAACUACAAAGACGAUUAGGCAGAGAUGCAUUUCCACUAAUUGAACAAACAUUCUUUCCUAGUCCAAGGGAUUUGUUCAGCUGGUCGAAAUUUCCGUGCGUCUUGAAAGCUGGCCACUGCCAUGGCGGUGUGGCUACAGCACGCUUGGAAAAUCAAAGCGCACUGCAAGAUGCCGCAGGUCUCGUUACCGGUUCGGGCAACGAUAGUCACUGUUACUGCACACUUGAACCUUAUAUCGAUGCUAAGUUCGAUGUGCACAUACAAAAGAUUGGCAACAAUUACAAGGCAUUCAUGCGCAAAUCCAUCUCAGGCAAUUGGAAAACUAAUCAAGGUUCAGCCAUGCUCGAACAAAUCACUUUAACUGAGAAAUACAAAAGUUGGGUGGAUGAGAUCUCUGAACUCUUUGGCGGAAUGGAAGUGUGUGGAAUUUCUGUAGUUGUUGCUAAAGAUGGACGCGAGCACAUCAUAAGUGCUUGUGAUAGCACUUUUGCUUUAAUAGGCGACAGCCAAGAGGAAGAUCGACGUCAAAUUGCUGAUUUGGUAUCUUCACGCAUGCAAAACGUUUGUCGCCCAGGUAUGGCACAAACUUCACAUGGUAAACUACCAUCACGUUCGUCAGUUUCGUCACGUGCUGAAAGUCCAACUGAUGAUAUGUCAACACCACCAGCGCCAGCUGGUCCACGACCUGCACCCAUGGGCGGUCCACCACCAAUACCAGAACGCACUUCACCAGCUGUUGGUUCAAUUGGUCGCUUGAGUAGUCGCAGUAGCAUUUCUGAAGUGCCCGAAGAAUCCAUAACUGCAUUGCCAAGUGGUGCUGCUACUGGUGUGCGACGCGAUUCACAAACUUCACAAGCAUCCAGUAUUUCAUCAGCUUCGAGGACAUCACAACGUCCUCCGCAAACUCAAACCUCAGUUGUUGAGGAUGCGGAGGACACAAUGAAAAAUUUAAGGAAGACCUUUGCGGGGAUAUUCGGUGACAUGUAGGAAUUAGCGAACAAAAAACGUGGAAGAACCGUGAGUGAAACAAGCAAUAGCAGUGGCGUUGGCAGUGGUGGUAGUGGUAUUGCUAGCGUUGGCAGCUCGUUUCUAGGCAAGCAAUUCUCAUUCGCUUCUGGUAAAACUAAUUUGGGUGCAACAAAUGAAGUUGUCUCAACACAGCCAACACCAAAGUCAGCAACUGAGAAACAACAAGCGCUUGAUGCACGCUCCGAUACGUCAUCAACAUCGACUUUAACUGCUGCUAGUGUCAGUGCUAGUGGUAGUUCAGUUGCUAGUUAUAGCAGCAAACCAUCUUCCAGCGUUUUAGAUAAUUUCGACAAGCCUGUUACCAACUUUGAACCGCAAGAACGUGUGAAUCCCUUUGAUAAGGGUACUAUUAAAACAUCUGUUACAAGCAAUACCAUCGGUGGCUCUUCAACUACAUCAUCUUCAUCAAUUUCAUCCUCAUCUAUAUCUUCGCGUAUUAAUCGUAACAGUACCAGUGCCAUAAAAUCACCACCACCACCAACCGGACCACCACCGCCACCACCACCAACUGCGUCUACUGCUGCCAACACAAAUUUCGGUUCUAGCUCAACAGUUAAACAAAGCUUUAAUUACGGCAGUUCAACUUCCAUCGAUACUAUAACACGCAUGGACACAACCACCACUGCUACUACUACAGCCACAGCUGGCGCUGGUAUUACCAAUAACCCAAGCGCUACAUUUGCUACAACAAACUCAAACGCAAUAGAUUGGAAGUCGAACAUGGGUGUACGCUCGGCUAGUGUUUAUAGCGCACCUGCAGCUGUUAAUACAACUCAACCAACAAAUAUUGUUGAUACUUCGGGUUAUGGUUCAAACAGUCCUGCCUCGAAUGGUUACAACAAUCCAACUGAGUUACCAUCAUAUACGCGCCCCUCAUAUUCGCGUUCCGAGAGCAAUGCUUCGAAUAAAGUAUCUGAUUUGGAUAUAAUAUUCGGUGAUAAUAAACCCACAUACGGCAAUGGCAAAUACACUCGCUCAGGUGGUUCACUAUCGGAUGCUGAACUUAUAUUCGGUGGACCAACAAAUUACAAAAAUGAACGUUUCGGCGCUUCAAAAAGUAUGAGUGUAACAUCUGAUCGUUCCAGUGCAAACAGCAACAGUGGAACUUCCUAUAAAAUCUAUGACGGCAUACAGAAUCCAGCCUUCUCAGAUUUUAGCGAUGCACAAACUAACAAAACCAAUACCACAAGCAGUAAUAGCAGCAUCGCAUCUUCCAAUCGUUGGAGCAAAACACACGAGGAAGAUGAUGAAUUGGAUUUAAAGUAAAUUUAAAAUGCUUGUUAUA